AUGGGCAUAUUGUCGAACCGAUCAUCUAUAGAUGGCUUCAUCCUCUUGGGCAUCUUUUCCUGUAGCCAGACUGAUCUUGUCCUCUUCUCUGUGGUUAUGGUGGUCUUCACAGUGGCUCUCUGUGGGAAUGUUCUCCUCAUCUUCCUCAUCUGCACAGACCCUCAACUUCGUACACCCAUGUACUUCUUCCUCAAGCAGCUCUCCCUCAUGGAUCUUAUGCUGGUUUGUAACAUUGUGCCCAAGAUGACAGUCAAUUUCCUAUCUGGCGUGAAGUACAUUUCCUUUGUGGGUUGUGGCAUACAAAUUGGCUUUUUUGUCUCCCUGGUAGGGUCAGAGGGGCUUUUGCUGGGACUCAUGGCUUAUGAUCGUUAUGUGGCCAUUAGCCACCCACUUCACUAUCCCAUCCUCAUGAGUCAGAGGGUCUGUCUGCAGAUUGCUGGAAGUUCCUGGGCCUUUGGGAUUCUAGAUGGAAUGAUCCAGAUGGUGGCAGCCAUGAGCUUACCCUACUGUGGCUCCAGGAAUGUGGAUCAUUUCUUCUGUGAGGUGCCGGCUUUAUUGAAACUGGCCUGUGCAGACACAUCCCUUUUCGACACUCUGCUCUUUGCUUGCUGUGUCUUCAUGCUGCUCCUUCCCUUCUCUAUCGUUGUGGUCUCCUAUGCUCGUCUCUUGGGGGUGGUGUUCCAGAUGCGCUCUGCUCAGGCUCGUAAAAAGGCUCUGGCCACCUGUUCCUCCCACCUGAUGGCUGUUUCCCUUUUCUACGGGGCAGCCAUGUUCAUCUACCUGAGGCCUAGGCGCUACCGGACCCCUAGCCAUGACAAGAUGGUCUCUAUCUUCUACACGGUCCUUACUCCUAUGCUUAACCCCCUCAUUUAUAGCUUGAGGAAUCGGGAUGUGAUGGGGGCCCUGAGGAAGAGGCUGGAAAAUUGUAGGUUUGGCAGCCAACCCUGA